AUGGUCCUCUUCAAGGCUAAAUUUACUUUUCAGAAACGGGUAAAACUUGCUCAAACUCUAUGGCUUCUCUCAUGGGUCAGUGUCCUAGUAGGGUGCCUGACGUUUGGAUUGGGGAUCUUCCUCAAGGUGCAGCUAUGGAUACACAGUGAAGUGAUGGACAAUACCGUGGCUCAUGCAGUUCCCAACACUGUGAUAACAGCUGGACUUGUGGGAGUCAUCCUUGGCCUGUUAGCAGGGAAGAUCAGUCAGGACUCGCUUGAUAUGGCCAAAUAUCCCCGCUGGAAGCCACUCAUGCUCCCUUAUUUCUUCCUGACUAUCCUGAGCUGUUUUCUUUGCUUUGCUGCUCUGUUUCUCAGUGUUGUAAUGAGAGGAAGUCUGGAGGAAUCUCUGAAGAUAGGUCUGAAAAAUGGGAUAAGGUUCUACAAGGACACCGACACUCCAGGCCGUUGUUACCAGAAGAGGACAAUGGACAAGUUGCAGAUGGACUUCCAGUGCUGUGGGAACAACCACUACAAAGACUGGUUUGAGGUACAGUGGAUCAGCAAUCGCUAUCUGGACUUCUCUUCCAAGGAAGUCAAAGAUCGCAUUAAAAGCAAUGUGGAUGGCAAGUACCUGAUGGACAGUGUCCCAUUCAGCUGCUGUAACCCCAACUCUCCCAGACCUUGCAUUCAAAUGCAGAUAACCAAUAACUCGGCCCAUUACAGCUACAGUUACCAGACAGACGAACUAAACAUCUGGGUGAGAGGCUGCCGGGAUGCCUUACUCAGCUACUACACUGGAAUUAUGGCCACGAAUGGGGCCGCUGUCACCCUGUUCUUUAUUCUACAGGCUGUAGUUCUUAUCAGCAUUCGUUUCCUCCAGACCUCUAUGGAGAAGAUAACUGGUGUGGAGGAUGUUGAGACCGAUUCUGAAGGAUUUCUGCUAGAAAAGGGUGUAGGUGAGACCAUAAGUAGUAGCCUGGAGAAAACCAAAGCACUCUUCAAGUCCAGUGUUGGAGAAGCAGCGGGUGGAGGGGGAGAGGCUGCAGCCAGCUAAACAGAACAUGAAGAAGACCGGAAAAUGCUCUGAAGAUUGUAUAUAGACUGUAGAGAUAGCCCAAGGCUACUUGUAUAUUAAAUACCUGCCCUCUGCACGGAA